UGCUAGUUAUCAGGGCAGAAUGGGCUGUAGUUUAGUGAAAUAGGAAAGCUGCAAAACACCGUGGAGUGCCGCCGUGUAAAUAAAAAGGAAAAAAAAGUUUCUCAAGUCGCAGCUGCACGACGUCGGGCCGCGCCGCGCCGGGGCGGGGGUCUGCGCUCUCGGAGCGGCCGCGCGCGGGACUCGGUGGUGCCGCCAGCCCCGGCCCCAUUGUUUGUGUUUUCUUCAAAAUAUGGCAAAGGUUCAGGUGAACAAUGUAGUGGUGCUGGAUAACCCGUCGCCUUUCUACAACCCGUUCCAGUUCGAGAUCACCUUCGAGUGCAUCGAGGACCUGUCUGAAGACUUGGAGUGGAAAAUAAUCUAUGUGGGCUCUGCAGAAAGUGAAGAAUACGAUCAAGUUUUAGACUCUGUUUUAGUGGGUCCCGUUCCUGCAGGAAGGCAUAUGUUUGUGUUUCAGGCUGAUGCACCGAAUGCAGGACUCAUCCCAGAUGCAGAUGCAGUGGGGGUAACAGUUGUUCUGAUUACUUGCACCUACCGAGGUCAAGAAUUUAUUAGAGUUGGCUACUAUGUAAAUAAUGAAUACACUGAAACAGAAUUAAGGGAAAACCCACCAGUAAAACCAGACUUUUCUAAGCUUCAAAGGAAUAUUUUGGCAUCUAAUCCCAGAGUCACAAGAUUCCACAUUAACUGGGAAGAUAAUACAGAAAAACUGGAAGAUGCAGAGAGCAGUAACCCAAAUCUACAGUCCCUUCUUUCAACAGAUGCAUUACCGUCAGCGUCAAAGGGAUGGUCCACGUCAGAAAACUCACUCAAUGUUAUGUUAGAAUCCCACAUGGACUGCAUGUGACCACGUGCCAUCCCAUUAGUACAGAUUAAGCUAUUAAAAACAGAACUAUUUCCCUGAAGUUCCGUAAGUACAUAGUCAACGUGAAAUGUGAAGAAUUUGUUUAAAAACAUCCUGUAGAAAGUUUAUAAGAAAAACCAGUAUUUGAGCAAAUUGUGGAUUAUAAAUACAACUAUUUUUAAGUACUUUUUUCUCUAAUGUGUUAUUUUAUUUGUUCAUGAAACUAAUCUGAUUAAAGCAUAUAUAUUAUUUUCUUCUCUUUUAUAUGUAAUUAAAGCACUUAUAUCAAAUUAUUAGACCAGGUUGUAAAGGUGUUGUUUUAGCCUCUUGGACAAUAAGAUUUACUAGCUUUUAAAAAAACAAAGUUUACUUCAACUAAAAUGAUUUAUUCCUGUGAAGAUAGUGUCCUUUUAAUUUGAGGAGAAAACUUCCAUUCUGUAGUAAAAAAGAUCACAUUAAAAUGGGAUUUGAAGUCAAUUAUAUGCCACCAGGGUUUUUCUAGGCCACCCCAGUGCAUCUUACCACAACUUGUGUUACACCAGACUUCUAGUUUUUAUAUAACAAAUGCAGCUGCCUUUGAAGUCCCUCUGACUAUGGUGUAUGCUUCCUUACAUCUAAAACUGGGAAACCACGACCAUAAAUCAUUGUCCAGAGAUUUCAACAUGGCAAGAGCAAAUACAAGUUCUCUAAAGUGUAAGAUUACAUUAAAAUGGUUCAGAUCUGCUCUUUCUUUCAGUUUACAGAAAUGCCGAACUUACAAGGGUAAUUUAGAAAGGCCUGGUUAGCUUUAUUCUGGCUAGCUACUUUACGAAGCAUGUCUUACCAUUUGCAGUUGUAUUACCCCAUAUCCUCUGGCUCUCAUUAACGUGUAAGAUCAGGGUAUUUUCUGUAGUUGACAUAAUCUACAUAACUUUUCCAGACUUCUUUUUUUCUUUCUGAAGAGCAGUUUUAGAAAGGAUAAAUGGGCCAAAAGUGUAUUUUCUUUAAUGAGAAGUAAAUACUUCCUCAAAGUUCUGAUCCAUUACAUUUACAGUACAGUAUUUUCAUUUGAUUAUGGUGAUGAUGCACAGGAGAGCCAUGGGAUGCAGGUUAUGCGGUGCCUUCACAUCUAAGCUUUUAUACUGCACUUUUCAAAACAGUCUGAGGAAAAGGAAAGGGCAUUUGUCUAAACAGACUCUUUUAAGUUGUAUAUAUUUCUUGCUAUUUUAAAAGGUAAAUUUGUGCAACCAAGUCUUGUUAAAUGUUAAACUUUGAAAUUUAAGACUCCAGGUUAUUACAGUAUUGACCAUUACCCAGUUCAUAGAUUUUAAAAAUAAAACCUGACUACUAAAACGAUUUGAAAAAAAAAAAA